AUGCGUUUCGAAUCCAUCCUUCUUCCCCUCGCCACUGCCGCCGUCGGCGUGGACGCACUCGGAAUCAAUUGCCGUGGCUCCGCCAACUGUAUGCUGUACGGUGCCAACGUGUCCAAGGACAUGGUCAACCUCCUCAAUGGUGUUGACCCAAACCACUGGUACAACAAUGGGCAGCAGAUCGCUUGUAACACGGGUGGCUGGCAGGGACAGAAGGCCAAGGAGCUCGCUUACUACAUUACCGAACAUGGAUGCCUUGCCUGCGGUAGUGUUCCCACUGGCUUUCCUGGUAGCAACGACGUCGCCCAGGGCGAGUUGACCUUCAACUACGUCUCCAACCCAUGCACUGGAUUCACUGAGGGUUCCAGACGAUUCUGA